AAUGCCAAUUCAAAACUUUCACGGGUCUCAAACGUCCGUUUUCCUCCGAUCUGAAGCCCUUAAAUACUACGCUCCCCUCUGCAUCUCCUUCGUAUAUCUCACGGAUUUCGUCGGUGAUCGACGGUCUCCAUUUUCAAACGAUCUCCGUCACUACUGCAAUCGCCGGCCGAAAUCAUUAAUCAAGAUGGGGUUGUCAUUUACCAAGCUUUUUAGUCGCUUGUUUGCUAAGAAAGAGAUGCGUAUUUUGAUGGUUGGUCUCGAUGCAGCUGGUAAAACCACAAUCUUGUACAAGCUCAAGUUGGGAGAGAUUGUUACCACAAUUCCCACUAUUGGAUUUAAUGUGGAGACUGUUGAGUACAAGAACAUCAGCUUCACAGUUUGGGAUGUUGGUGGUCAGGACAAGAUCCGACCUUUGUGGAGGCACUACUUCCAGAACACACAAGGGCUUAUCUUUGUGGUUGAUAGCAAUGAUCGUGACCGUGUUGGGGAGGCUAAAGAUGAGCUCCACAGGAUGCUUAAUGAGGAUGAACUAAGAGAUGCGGUGUUGCUUGUGUUUGCCAACAAACAAGAUCUUCCAAAUGCCAUGAAUGCUGCUGAGAUUACUGAUAAACUUGGCCUCCAUUCUCUCCGACAACGACACUGGUACAUUCAGAGCACAUGUGCUACCUCUGGAGAAGGUCUAUAUGAAGGUCUUGAUUGGCUUUCCAAUAAUAUUGCUAACAAGGUAAAGCCUUUACAUGUUUAAAUCAUUAUCAUUUUCUUAAUGCAAGAAAUAGUAAUUAACUUUCCUUCUUUUUUUUUAAUUACAUUGAGAAAUUUAACUAAUCAUAGCAAUGUCAUCCGAGUACAAAACAAUUUUCACUGCUAUAACUGGUAGAUUUUCAAAUUAUGGUGUUUUAAAAUGAUGAAAAUUGAAAGUAUAAUGCUACAAUACAAUCUUGUUAUGUUGUGAUCAUUUCCUGAUGUAAUAUUGAUUUUUUUUUUUUAUAUAUCAGGCAUAAACAGGAGUUGGAUUGUCUUGGGUUAUAGAUGUUUCUGGAGCUCCGUGUUAGUUUGUUUUGAGUUUUAAAAUUUUU